CGCAGAGGGGGCGGGGCCGGCUAGGCUUGGGCCGCCAUUACGGGGGAGUGUCGCGCUGGCUGUUGUCUGUCUCUCUCAAGAUGAGAAAAGCUUCACAGAGGUGAGAGUGAGACCGUACCUCCCCCCCUAAAGAUUCGAAGUGGUAGCGUUUGUCCAUCCAGCCUAACUCAAUGCUGGACGCUACCACGCUCCCGUUGGGGGGCGAGGAGAACUGAAUAGGACUCAAGAGGCCUGCUCGCUUUCUCUCUCGAGACCCCCCUCUACAACGUAGUGGCAGCGUCGCCGCGUUUUUCUUCCAUCAGGGCUGGCCACUACCACGAACUCAAGGGGGGGGGGGUGAGUUGAAUUGGACUUUGAGGUUACGGUGUUGAGGUGAGACCUUCAAGAUUCCCCCCUACAAAUACAGAGUGGUAGCGUCGCCCUGUUUUGAUUCCAUUCUAAGCAAGCGCUUGGGCUGUACCACGGACUUGUGAAGAGGGGGACCGGGCCUGGCGUGAAGGCUUUCCGCGACGCCAUUAUGCGCCAGAGCCUAGCCCAGAUCAUGGCGUCGUCCUCCGGCGGAGAGAGCCCCCGAGACCCGGCUGCGUCCCCGAGCGAGGCGGGGCGGGACGAAGACGAGCUCCUCUUCCCGCCGGACCUGGGUCUGGGCCUGGACCUCGACGGCUGGCUGGAGGCCGCCAUGACGGAAGGCCCCGAUCUUGAGCCGCCUCACUGUCAUCAUCCACAUCCAUCGAGGCCUAGCAACCGGCUUAAGGCAGCCGCGGCGGCCCGGUUGAACCGUCAGAAGAAGAAACAAUACGUCCUGGGCCUCGAGAGCCGCCUCCAGGGCCUGGCGGCGGAGAACCGUCUCCUCCGCGACCGCAACCGGGGCCUGUGCCGGCGUCUGCGCGACCUGGAGCGGGAGACGGGCUACUUGAGGGCGGUGCUGGCCAACCAGAGCGCACUAGGCCGCCUCUUGAGCUGCUUGGCCGGUAGCCAGGGAGCCGGGAGGGUCGGCAUGCGCCUCAGCAGCAGCCUCUUCGCCCAGGAAGAGGGGCCUGUGCCCGAGGAGGAGGCCCGCCUUGCCUGGGAAAGCAGCAGCAGUAAUAGCAGUGACCACGACUACGCCUUGCCCGUUCCAGAAGAUGACCAAGAAGAGGAGGAAAACAAUCACAACAACAACAAAAGGGUAGCAGCAGCAGCAGCAUCUUCUUCCAGCCCAGCUGGCAUUUGCCUCCAUGUGGAUCGGGACCAGGUUUCGGUGGAGUUUUGCUCCCUCUGCGCCAGGAGGGCAGCCGCCACCUCUACUUCCUCUUCUUCUUUCGCCUCCAAAAUUUUCUCUUUUAGGUACUUGCCCUGCCAGGCUCCGUUGUGUAGGGGUUAAAAGAAAAGUCGUUUUCCACCUCGCAACCUGUGGAUACAGCUGUCAUGGGGCAGAAGAGACGGGACCAGCUGCUGGCCACACUUCCUGCUUUAUUUUAAAAGGUAGUAUGAGAAAAACAAUGGGAAAGGUAACAGGGCAUUUGCUGUAUUUCACUUUAAAACCACAACGGCAUAAUGUGAAUGACUUUAACUAAUAUAAUCUAAGAAGAAAGUUAAUAUAGCACUAUUGUGAAAAGUAACAAGGUAAAAAAGCAUGCACCUUCUCAGUUGUAUAAUCAUAUUAUUGUUUUAUGGGCAAAACUCUCCUUUCACUGAGGAUAGCAAAGACCAUUGGCUUUAUUUUAGCAGUGAAUUUUUGAGGUAAAUUUGGAAUUCCAGCCCAAAGGAGAUUUUAAUAUACUUCCAAUUGUAUGGAUGUUCACAUGUUACAUUUAGUGUUUUAUAUUUGUUCUCUGUACAGGAUAUGUCAUACUCGUAUCUAGAGGAGAUAGGAAAUGGGGAGUAAACUCUGCUGGUUCAUAUCCAGAGCCCCAUAAUCUGUUUGCUCUUAAGUAGCCCUUUUAAGAAGUCCUCUAAAUAUCUGUGCCAGUGCUUAACAGACUGUGGACACAAUUGUUGCAAAUGAAAGCUGUGCAGAGGAGUUUUCCUGUAAUUUUGCUCAGUGUUCUGCACAUUCGUUUUCAAUGGAGGCAGUUCAUUAUACUGUUCUCGUUACAGUAACGUGACAUGUUAUUUUACAUUUGUUAGUAUAGUAAUUGUUAUUUUCUACAUAUUCUUUAUUGUGCAUAUUUUUGAAGUUGCUGCAUUUUUAUAGUUGCUUUUCACAAUAGGCAUUUUGUUGAUGGGACAUUAAUGUGAAAGUGGAAAGUGUCCUCUAGUUUUUUUUUAAUUUGAGUACCACAGUUGGAUAAAAAACAUCCUGGGUACUUUAAUGCAUCUUGUGUGUCAUUACCUCUUGACUAAGGUGUUGUAUUUGAAUACAAGUGUAGCUAAUUUUUAAACAGGACAAGUGACACAUUUGCUUACCAAAACCCCCAGAAAUAUGACUGCAGGGAUUUUAGUGCCUCUUGAUGCAUGUUGAAGCCAAACCGAAUUGCAACUUUUUCCCUAUCUUGCUAAUCCAUUGGUGGAUGUUGUUAAAUAUUUCUUGAAAUGGAAGCCUUGAAUUGAAAAAUACAACAAUACUUGAAAAAUAUGUAUGAAUAUUUCUGUGUAAUUAGUUCUGUCAUUCUUAUGAGAACACAAUGUCAUAAUAAAAGAUGUAUUUAUCUUCCA